GCCAAGACCAUUUUCCCACCACAACCAAGGUAUCUGAAAACCCUAACAUUUUCAUUCCAUAGCAGCCAGCAAACCAGCGAAAGCUUCUGCGUUUGAAGAUGUCCGGCCGAGGCAAGGGAGGCAAGGGCUUGGGCAAGGGCGGCGCCAAGCGGCACAGGAAGGUGCUGCGAGACAACAUCCAGGGUAUCACGAAGCCCGCGAUUCGCCGUCUCGCCAGGAGGGGCGGCGUCAAGAGAAUCAGCGGUCUCAUCUACGAGGAGACUCGCGGCGUCCUCAAGAUUUUCCUCGAGAACGUGAUUCGCGAUGCGGUGACGUACACCGAGCACGCCAGGAGGAAGACUGUGACCGCCAUGGACGUCGUCUACGCGCUCAAGAGGCAGGGCAGGACUCUCUAUGGCUUCGGCGGUUGAGCUAGUCUUUUGUGCGUUUGGUCGCCUAGGCUGUAUAUGUUAGAUUAAGGGCGUUUUCCUUUCUGUUGGUGAAUGUUUGUGCUGAUUUGGAUUUUCUUUGUGUCGUGUGCUUGUGCCUUUUGGUCAAAGACGUUCAACUGUUCUUAUCAAAUUGGAACACAUUUUGUACUCAAUUUGAGCGUUGAUCUUAUAUAAUCAGUUCUUAAUAUUUGCAGUA